AACAGCUGAAGUUAUAUAAAGCAGAGAGGGAAGAGGAACUGAGCCCAUUUGCUUGAUCAGACUUUGACUGUGGUCAGUGUGGAGAAGAGUACAUAGGGCCUUACAGAAGAUGCGUCAGUUAAUUAACACAUUUAUCCGCUUCUUCUUAAUCCUUUUGCCUUUCCCUAUUCAAGAGUUAUUAUGGCCGGGGAAAAGCAGUGAGGGAAAUUGCUUUAGUUGUUUGUGUGGAAAGAAAAAGGUAUCCCUGUACUGUGCUGAGCAAGUGAAACAAGUUGCAGGUGGUCCUCUUCAUGGUCCUAAGCCUCAGGUUGGCCCAGUGUCUGUGUCCUGGGGAUUUAGCACUGGGUUCUGGGCAGUCUGGCAAUCUAUGGACUGGCAUUUUUGUUCUUUGUCUUUGCUGCAGACCUUACUGAAAAGCUUAGGGUUCCCAAAGCCCUUUGACCAAAUGGAUGAUAUGAAGCAGCCAGAUGCAGAAAUUUUGGUUACUGAUUGUAUUAAUUCUGACAUAGGAUUUGGCCCAUCUACAGUAUCUGACUCCCCAAUUGAGUUUUCAGAAAGCACAAAGGAUCUGGAGACUCCUCCCACAAUAAAACAAAGCUUAUUUUUUGAUAGUGGUUUGGAGGCUUCACUUAAAGGUCAAGAACCAGACCGCUUUCUUUUGGGAAUGUGCGGUCCCACUGGGUUUGAGUUCAGUCCUGACAUCCCGCUGGAAUCUGAAGUGUAUUCAGAUAUUGAACAAGCUUUUGAGGAAGACUUGGUACCAGUUUUUGAACCUGUAAGUGAAUCCUCAUUGGCAGUGGUUGAAUGCCAGACUGAUGAGGGACUGGGCAGUCUAUUUGGUUAUCUGGAAGAGUCAAUGGCAUCUUCUAUUAAUUUUAGUAGGCCUAUUGAAGCAGAUAUGUGGCUGCCAUUAGAACCUGGUGAUGAAAUUGUAUCUGUACCUGUGGGAUGGCCCAUCAUAGAACCUGCAAGACCAGCUGGAUGUCCGCUUGAGGUUGAUUUAGGCUUUGCAACCUUCCCAGGAAUUGAGUGCUAUGGUAUUGGAAAUCAUUUAGGCCAGAUUAUUAUAUGUGCUGAUGAUCAUGAGAAUGUAAUGGAAGGAGGAAGCUGCAGUGAUGAUGACUACAGCAGACAUGAUAAGGCCAGUGGAGCAGCCACAAGUGGGGGAGAGAACGAUGGGGAUGAGCUUGACCAGAACUGGAAGCACCCGGACCCAGAACUUACCCAGAAACUUGUUGUACAGAUUGAGUACUACCUCUCUGAUGAGAACCUGGAGAAAGAUGCCUUUCUCUUGAAACAUGUGAGAAGAAACAAAAUGGGAUUUGUCAGUGUUAAACUACUUACCUCAUUCAAAAAGGUGAAACAUCUCACUCGUGACUGGAGAACCACUGCAUAUGCUUUGAAAUAUUCUGAUAUACUUGAACUCAAUGAAGAUAACAGAAAAGUAAGGCGAAAAACUCCAGUCCCUGUGUUUCCUAGCGAGAAUCUUCCCAGCAAGAUGCUGCUGGUUUAUGACCUCCACUUCAUCCCAGAACUGCAAUGUUUAAAUAAGGAGCAGGAGAAUGGUGGAAUGCAAGAAAAGAUAAUGGAGCAACUUCUCAAAAACUUUGGCACUUUUGGCAGCAUCUCCUCUAUACGUAUCCUGAAGCCUGGUAGGGAUCUACCAUCAGAUGUUAAACGAUUUAGCAGUCGUUACACACAGGUUGGAACCAAGGAUUGCGCAAUUGUAGAAUUUGAAGAGGUGGAGGCCGCUAUUAAAGCGCAUGAAACCUUAAAUGUUGAAAAUGACACAGAUGAUGGGAUAAAGAUUGUUCUAAUAGGCAUGAAGCCGCCAAAGAAAAAGAUUCAGAAAGACCGAAGCAAGGAAGAAGACUCAAAGAAUCUACGAAAAAAUAAGUCUCUUAAUAAAAGGGUUGAGGAGCUCCAGUAUAUUGGGGAUGAGUCCACAGGUUACAGCACAUCUGAGCCUGAUAGUAAUCCAAACUCCCCCAUGAUAGGCCGGAAGGGUCAGUCUACCAAUAAGCUGAGUCCAUCUGCUUACCCAAACAAUCACUUGAGUCCAAAUGCCUCUCCCAGAAAUAGCCCUUGGAGUAGUCCUUGUGGGCAGCGUAAAGGGGUUAAGCAUUCUCCACUUGUUGACGGUAUGAGCCCAGAAAGCUCUCUAAGGUCUACAGAGUAUUCAUCAGACAGCAGUAUCACACCUUCUAGCAGUCCUUGGGUCCAGCGGAGAAGACAGGCUCAAACAGUCACGCAGGAAAAAAGCCCAGCAUGUAGUCCAAUGCUGGGAAGGAAAAUACAGAAUGCAGAUGGACUUCCACCUGGUGUUCUGAGACUUCCACGGGGCCCUGAUGGUACAAAGGGGUUCCACAAUGGAACUGAACGGAAUAAGCUUGUGUAGAAUUUGUGAACGCCAUAGAACUAUGUGGGACUGGCUGUUAAACCAGCAACACCAGCCUCUGUAUUACUGAUGUGCAAGGCAGUGCAUGUGGAGUCCCAGUAAUCUAACACUAGACGCUACUACUAUCUGGAAAGAAAGGGAUUUACAGAGAGACUGAAAUGAAGUCUGUAUUUAUUUUUUUAUCUAAUUUCCAUUUGUAAAUUUACUUUGUACAGUGGCAGCAGUUAUGCUUUAUUAUAUUUUUAUUUCAUUUUUUGUUUUAGUUUUUGUUAAACUUUUAAUUUUGUAUUUUCAUCUUACUGGGUAUCUGAAACAAUCGCUGGUCAUUGUACAAUUGCCUAAAUCAGAGACUGAAAGAGGUUUGCUUACUUUCCAAAGCCUAUUGGCAGCUUGUAUUAGUUUAUCCAAUAGGAUGUUGUGAAACCUUCUGCAAUUCUCAUCUUACACUUCCAAAGACGUGUAUAAAGAAUGUAUCUUUUCCGUGCUGUGAAUUAAAAUGAACUUCCAUAAGCAUUUAUAAGUUA